AUGUUGGAAUAAAUGGAAAAAUAUUUAAGUAUGUAUAUUUGCCAACAGGAUAAAAAAAUAUCUUCAUAUGAAAUUUUUGAUUGGAAGAACAAAUUCUAUUACAAAUCUAACCUGAUUUUUAGAAUAUUUGUAUUAGAUGGGGAUAUGAAUUCUAUUUAAAUCUAGAUAAUUCAUAUUGCACUAUUACAAGCAGACAAUUUGAUACAUCAAAAGAUGAAGACCAAGAGUUUGCAAAUAAUUAUACUAAUAUACAUCAAAUUUAUUUUGAUAAAUCCACUCAGAGUUAUAAUCUUGAUGAUUUGAUUAACUUUUGAUAAUUCAGCACCUCUUGAAACUGUGCUUCAGCUGCAGUUUUAUUGCAAUUCAAUUAAUGUACCAAUUUAUAGUAAUUCCUUUCCAUUUGAAUUGGUUUCCUACCAUUCAAAUUAUAAUCUUAGAAUUAAUAUUAAAACUUUUGAUUGCCAAUUUGGAGAAAUAAAAAAUUUAACAAAUCUUUCAUGCGAAAAGUGCGAUUUUAGCAAAGGAUUAUAUACACUAACAUUAAACUCUGAAAGAUGUGACAUUAAAGAUGAUUUAACCAUUAUAAAUGUCUAAAAUAAUUAAUUGGUGUUAAGAGCAGGGUUUUGGAGACCAUAUUUCGAUACAAAAGCAAUUGAUUUCUGCCUUAACCUACAAGAAAACUGUUUAGGAGGAAUAUCUUAAGGAGAUAGAGAAUAUUUAUAAAAUUUGACUCUAGUUCUUGUUUUAUAGGUCAUAUUGGUGCACUUUGUGAAUAAUGUGAUUUAUAUCACACCAGAGGAGAUGGAUAAUAUUCAAUAGUCAAAAGGUUUUCAUGCGGGCUAUGUGUUGAGAGGGAAANAUAACUAAUUACGUCUCUUUCAGUAUAAUUAAUAAGAAUCAAUCACAAUACAAAAUUCCUCAUGUGGUAAACAAGGAUGCUUAAAUCUAGAAAAGUAGACAAGCUAAGAGCAUAGAAUUCUCGAUGAAUUUGAACUUUAUUCUUUACAUUAUGAGCUAGAAAUAAGAAACUAUAUUUGCUAGUAUAAUAUUUCUGCACAAGGAACUUGCUUAAAAUUACAUUCAUACCCUCAUAUAAAAUAGUCUUUUUUAAUUCAAUAAAGCCACCUAAGAAGGUGGUUCCGUUUUUGUGAAAGGAUAGAAAAACAUUUGAUAAUUUAUAAUAGCAUUAUUCAACUGAACAAGGCCUCUAUUGGUGGAGGAUUGUAUUAGUAUCAAACUGGAAAUUAAUAUCAUUAAAAUUAAAUUAUACUUUCUACAAUAUUUUUAGGAAUCUGUUGCUAUGAAUUUAUCAAAAAGUAAAUUUAAAAUAAUAAAGAAUUCAGCAACAAUUUAAGGAAAUAAUAUUGUAUCAAUUUUUUAGUUACUCUCUGCACAAAUAAAAUAAGAUUCUGA